CAGGACCUCUUUGUUUUUGAAACAGAAACACUAAGAUCUCUCUCGUUCUGCCCCCGGGGAAACUGUAGUGAUUCACCCUUUCCUGUGAAAAGCAGGAACUGAAACGUCUGUUAGGCCCUCUGCAUUCAUUUACGCUCCGGUCACAUCCCUCUUCUGUGUCUGACAGUUCUGUUUUCAUCUAUAUAUUUUUUUUUUCGGUUUGUGUCACAAACACAGGUUUCGGGGAGGGUAACACAGCAGCAGGUCUCCACAUUCCUCACCCUGCCUCAGAGAUGGGCAAGGAUGACUGUCCUGCUGGCCAAAAGUGGGACCCCCUUGUUGGUUGUAUACCCAGCGAGACAUACACCAGACCUGAACCUGAACCACCAACAGAGCUGAGAUCCACGGCUCCUCCUGCCAGGGCCGAUGCUGUGAUGCUGCUGAGUCCGGCUCUGUGGAUCUUUGUGGUGCUGGCCACACUGGGGUCCAUCUUGGCUCUGGCUCUCUGGUUUAUCAUAUACAAACGACAGACCAGGCACAUCAGCACCUCAGAGGACGCAGAACCGCAACAGGAGCCUCUUCAGAAAACAGAGCCACCUGCCAAAAUCCACCCACCGCCUCCAGAAAGAAACGGUCAGGCAGAGAUGUUGCAGAGAGCAGCAUGGGCCCCUCCACCCUGUCCUCACCUGCACCUGGGGGCCCAAACAGGCUCAAAUUGGGAGGAGGACUUCACCGCUUGCAGGGACCCCGCAAAGUAUGCUGGGACAGAGGGGGGCAGAGGGCUGCCCACAUGCAGCACAAUGAGGGAACACAGGUUCCCACUUCCUGCCACAGAGCUGGGUGGCACUGCGUUGGUUACUACUAAAACUGUGUAGGCCUGCGUGUGUGUUCUUAUAACCUUUCUUCAGUGCAUGUACUCCGCACACUGUGCUCAGUGUGGUGAGUUUUCCCCCAUUGUUAAAUCCAACUUUUGGAUAUCUUUUAUUUCUACCAUGUUCUUAUGGUUUUUAAAUAAUUUUCUACAGCUGUUGUUUUAAUUCACUGCACCGCUUGAAGAAAUACAAGUGUUAUGGUGUAGAUUGGUGUCCAAUCAUACCAUGUAAGACUGUUUAUAGUUUUGUGUACUUUACUGCAGAGUGUUGUUAAAAGACCAAAUAAAAAAACUGCUCUGAAUCUUAUGCCAC